GACGUCUACUUUGCCAAGCUUGCGGAGCAGGCGGAGCGUUACGAUGAGAAAGCGCAUCCUCUGCGGUGUGGAGUUCUGAAUGUACUUUUGUUGCUGUGCUGGCUUCUAUUUAGAUGUGAAGCUAUUUUGCUAUUUGUCAAUUUCCUGGUGAGAAAUUUCAGUCGAUCAGUCAUCACUGCUCUUAUGGCUGCGGAGUUACGUGGUAGUUCAUGGACUUUGGCUUUCAAGUUUUGGUGGUACAGACUGAACGUUCUGGAUUUCAGAUUGGCUUGCUUUGUUUCUGAAUUGAUUUGCAUUUUUGCUGUCGCUGUUUUGUUCUUCUGGAAGGGAAGAGACAGAGGUUUGAAAAAGAAUGGAGAGAAAGGCAGACUCACUGCCUGGGAUCCUAUGCUGUUGCACUUGUUGGUGACGGCCGACAUGACCGUUUGGUGUCUGAACUGGCAAAAACCCCUGGAUAUCAAAGGCGUUACUGGUGGGAAAGCGCAGACUAUGGAACAGAAAUUGCUGCAUGGUCUCCAGGCUUUGAUCCAAGAUGUUGUCUCCAAUCCGACUCCGGUGACCAGAGGAGGCGGCAAAGGUGGCAAAACAAAACAAAAGAAAGAUACUGUUAGUUUGAACAAAAAAGGUGACGAAUACGGUCUAGUUCAAGCCUUGCAGCAGCUGACUGCUCGUGCAGCUGCUCAGCCUCAGGGGCUACUAGAUCGCUUGAAAACCCUGAUUGAUGUGACUGAAAAAGGCAAGCUGAAACCCGGCAAACGCUGGCGAAAGCGGCAAGCCACUGCGCCAGCCACUGUCGCAGACGGUGCCAGUAGAACAGUCGCUGUGCCUAAGAAUGCCGAGAACAUUGGUGCAAAGCCGAGAACGCGUUGGAGUCAGUCCAGGGCCUGGAAGGCCAGGGCUCAAGACUGUGGUGUUAAGCAAGUGCUGCGCGGAUCAGGUGCUUUGUGCCAUGCUCUUGAUGAAAAUGAAGCUGGGAAUUUGCUUUGUCAAGCUACUGAUUUGCAAGAUUGGAGUGAAGCCCUGCUCAUAUCGCAGGCAGCUGGUGGUCAUGGAUGUUGCUCAGCUUCUGAGCAGAGAUUUUUGAAUGAUGCGGUGGACCGCGUGGUCCAGACAAAAGCAAAACAAGGCUUGAGCACCUUGCAUGAGUGGAACCAAGCUGUUACGGCAGCCAUCGCGUGGAAUUCUUUUGCCUUGGACCGCCAACGCAAAGCAAUGGUGAUUUUGGAGGAGAGUGAUGCUAAGUCACAAGUGGCUCAGGGUCCUGGCAAGUUUUUUCGACAUUGGUUAUCUGGAAUCAGUGCUUCUCCCAAAGAUUUGUUUCUUCACUUGGGAGAUACAUGGCGUUUUGAAAAGGUGCCCAACGAAAACUUGAUCCGAGGUUUUGCUCGUGUCAAAGGGCGUGAACAUGCCUUGCAAAUGCUGAAAGCUAGUGGUCAAGAACACAAAGGUCAGGUUUGGUUUCUGGAUCCUACGAGUUGGGGUGCACUAACUGAUUCGCCACCAAGAUUAUUGUGGUGCGAUAAAGAAGCUCGUGAAAAUCUAUUGGCAUUUGCCAAUCGCAUCUUUCGGGAUGCUGGCCAAUUUGGAGUGGCACGGGGUCGUGUUCAGUUGGCACUCCGUGUCAAAGCCGAUGACAGCCGCCUCAAACCAGUGGACGGCAGCACCUAUGUCACCAAUGAUUUGCAGGACACCUUUGAUGCUAUCACAAACUUUUGGCAACAAAUUUGGCAACGGAACGCUAAAUGUGAAGAGUUGCUGCGCCUGCGUAGCAACACCUUGACACGGCCGCCCGGGCCGGCAAUGCAAAAUGACUGGCACCUGCAACCCUCAGAGCUGCACGCUCUUGCUCAGUACAAUUCCGGUGCUGCGGGGCCGGAUGGUCACUGGACCGACCCCAUGUUCAUCAGUGGCCAAGAAGCUGUGAAAAACUAUUUUCGUGCUGAAAAGUUUUGGCACGAUCAGGGCUUUGUCUUUGGCAAUUGCAAGUGGGCCACCCGCGUGGCCGAGUUCCUUCACGAUUUUGGUUUCCAAAAGCUUGAUAAUGGAUUGUGGCGCCUGCAUACCAUCACGUUUGAUUUUCGAUGCGAUGAUGCAAUUUUUAAAGCUACUUUGAAUCAUUUUGCACACAGUCUGCGUGAAGCAUUCCGACAUCAGCAGAUGUUGGGUUUUGUUGCCAGCAGUCGCCGUGAUGCCCGGGAAAUUGUGACUGAUUUUGUGUAUGAUCCUAAGGUCCUCACUGCAGCUUCGAAGUUGUACAAGCAAGCCAAUAGUCAUCAACGGGCAGUGAUGCUCGGUGCUGCACUCAGCCCAGCAGCAUAUGACAAAAUUGCUGACAGAGAAGUGUCCACCCGAUGCAUUUUGUGUGGUCAGUGCCGGACGCCUGAUUGGCGACAUGUUGCAUGGGACUGCAUGCAUUUUCAUGGCACGCGGCCCCCGGUACUGGAGUUGCAGCUGAGAUGUGUUUGCCAAUGUGCUGCAAUCUCAGCAUCUUUCAUGCGUUUUGACAUCAGAUCCUAUGCUUUGGCUAUGUGGAAAGGGAUGCCCUGGUUUGGCCUUCUUUGCACUCCCUUCUUUGCGCAGUUCUUUGUCAUUAUUAGGCGGAAACGUAUUUGUCCUUCAGUUUGUACCUUGUCACGUCUGCGUCUCAAACUCAAUCAACGCAGACAGAGAUUGCGUGGUGGUGGCGGUGGGCUGGCCGAUGCCCUGCAGAAGCUGCUUGAAUCACAUCAGAACGCUGAAUGCGAAGAUCGCGAGGAAGCGUGGCUGAGGCGGAAGCUUGAGUCUUUACUUUCCAAAAAACAAUCCAAUGGCACUUUGAUGACAGGUUUGAGAACCAUUUUGCAAGAGGCAGAGGCUUGGCAGACACAAGCUCAAGCCCCGGCAACCAAAGCUUCGCGGUGGAAAGCUUCCAAGUUCCGCUCUCAACCAUGGGAGCCCUCAAAAGCUCAUCCUGAUCAAUGUCAGGGUCCCUCGACCACUGGCAAUGCAUGGCACACGUCUCACAUCAACAAGAAACAAAGCAGUCGAUGGCAGAAGGAACACAGUGAGGAAUGGCAUCAGGUAAAAUGGCGCCCACGUCCUCAAGAGUUUGGCGACCCUGGCAAAGUGCGGAUAUUUUGUGAUGUGGUCGAUUUGUCUGAUCGCCUGGACCUCAUGAACGACCAGAUGCUUGAUCACGGUGAUUUGCAUGUGGUGUUUCAUGCUGACGACUGUCACAUUUCGCAAAAGCUCCAAGUACGUGCUGGAUGGCUAUUUUUUAUUGGUCAUGAUGGCACCGAACUUGCACGGCCCAAGAACACCACCACCAUCAGUUUGCGACAGCGCAUUGAGAAUUCGGUGGUUCUCAGAAUGAUUCUGGAUCGGAAAUAUUGCAGAUAUUGGAACACUUCCAAUGCCGGAGCACAGGCACGUGCAUGGUGCCAUGCGCAAUCAGCUAUGGCUCAGGAAAGCAUUCAAGACAUUUGGGGACUCAACCUCAUUGACAAGGCUUUUGUCAAGUGCAUGGUCCGAGUUGCAAACGCUGAAGUUGCAGAGACGCUGCUGCGCGCAAGCGGCACAGAACAUGCUGGCAACAGGUGGUUCAUUGAGGGACUCACACCUGAUAUGACUCCAAUGGCUAUGCAGUGGAUACCCUGGAAUGGACAAGAGAAUUGGUUGGAGUACGGCGCUCGGUUGCACAUGUUGAUGAUGUGCGCCAAUGUUUGGAGCAAAAUGGUUUUGAUGAAGUCGAAAUUUUGGAAAACCCCCAAAAAGAGCACACACAUUGUUUGGACCUUCAAUGCCAAACGCGAUGACAGAGAAGAGAUCAUUCAGUCUUGCAUUGUCGAUGAGGAGGGCAUCAGCUAUGAUGUCGUCAUGACGCGUGCAGUCAAGACGCGUCGCGUGCAAACCAAGAGCACUCCGUUGCGCACCCCGAAACGCAUGUUUCUCAAUUUGGAAAAAUCUUGGCAGAACAGCCGGCCGGCAGCGGCCCCAAGCAUUGCUGCAAAUGACAAGGAGCAGGAAACUGAAACGUGGGAUCACGAAGAGGAUGAAGCAAUUUUGGACUGGAAUGGCCCGAGGGACUCUGACAAGGAGAUUGUUUAUUUCAUGCACUGGUGCAAGCCCUGGCAGAACAGGUGGUGUGGCCCAGAAGCAUUUGUCUCAGUGAUUUUGCAUCGCAAAAGUCUUCCAAGAAACGAUCCAGAUGUGCCUCACCUAAGCUUUCUGAUUUUGCUUCUCUCCAUGAUGGCCCUGCUUGGUUUUCUGAACGCAAAUGGGUAUGACAAUUGUUGGGCUUCACUUUCCUAUAUGGCUGACAAUUUUGGUGUCUUUGGCUUGGUGGAAACGCAUACGAACACCUGGCAAUGCAGCAAGGUGGCCGCUAAACUGCAAGCGGAAGGCUUUCGGGUUUGGAGCAUUGCAGCAACUGAGCACAGGGACAUUCGCGGCCGGACAAACUUCUCCGGUGGCAUCAUAGCAGCUGUGAGAGCCAACAGAAAAGGUUUUCAUUUUGACGAACUGCAAGGAGAGGAUGGCUCCCUCAUUAUUCUGGAUCUUCAGCAUUGCAUUCUGGGUUUUGCAUGGGCUAGGAAUGGGCUCACGGCUGACAGCGAACUGGCACAAUGCAUUUUUGAUGCUCAAUGUUUAGCGCAUAUUCAGAAUAUCCCCUGGGUCAUGGUUGGCGAUUGGAAUCUCCUUCCCCAUCAGAAUCCUCUUCUUGACCCUGGAACAGCUUUGGUGGCAGCAACUGAUGAAUUUGGGGAGCUACUUCCCACACGUUGGUCGAACUUGGACAGUAUGAAGCCGACCUUGAACUACUCCAAACCUGCAGAAGUCAGCGCAGACGUGUGGAUGGCGGCUUUUCAAGCAGAAUGGCAGCAU